CAAUAGGUCACUCUGCAGUGGCUGCCACCUUACAGACAAAACUGAAGAUCUUAAAAACAAUCGCCCCGGACUCUCCCCGGACCUCGUCGCUGACAGGGAAAUUCUAUUGUAAACUUGCUUUGACAGUCACUUGGAAUUACGCUAAUAAAACUGAGACCGACCCGAGGAAAGUAGACGUUGCUUUAAGGAGACAAAGGCAUGCACAUUGCCAACGACGGAUUUGUCGAGAGUUUUUAAUAUUAGGACUCCACGCACCCACGCGACUGAUCAACAUGGAUGGAGAUUUGAUGUUCAGGAUGGAGGAGGUGAGCAACACCGUGCCACCUUUACGACAGGGUCAGCGGAGCCAGCGGGCGACGUCCGUCAGCGAUGAAGACCUCAGUGAUGAAGAAGACGAGUACUACCCUAUGUGUCCCAUCACGGAAGACCUUGUCACCCCAGCCAAGGAUAUCUGUGACUACCUGCAAAACCUGCUUCAAAACGGAACACCCUCAAACUCCCAGCCCAAAAACUCUUUCACCUACCUGAAUGAACCAGAAACAAAACCAGCCACAGUAACGAGCGACAGUGCACGGGCCACAUGGAAGCAUGCCAUAGCCAAGGCCAAGGCCAUGCCAGACCCCUGGGCGGAGUUCCACCUGGAGGAGGUGAAGACCGAACCCUGCAUUCGUUACAGGUACAGUGCUGUGAAGGGGGAGUGGGCUCAAGACCAGGUACACAUCAAGAUGGCUGCUCAGCCCUUUGGUCAAGGAGCUAUGAGGGAAUGCUUCCGAACGAAGAAGCUGUCCAACUUCUCCCACAGCAGCAACUGGAAGUCUGCGUCCAACUACGUGGCGAAGCGCUACAUGCUGCCGGUCGACAGAGACGUUUACUUUGAGGACGUUCGGCUGCAGAUGGAAGCCAAGCUCUGGGGGGAGGAGUAUAACCGACACCGCCCGCCCAAGCAGGUGGACAUCAUGCAGAUGUGUGUGGUGGAGAUGACGGAGCGACCAGGCCGCCCUUUGUUCCACCUGGAGCAUUACAUCGAGGGAAAGUACAUCAAGUACAACUCCAACUCUGGCUUCGUCCGGGACGACAACAUCAGACUCACCCCUCAGGCAUUCAGUCAUUUCUCGUUUGAGCGUUCGGGUCACCAGCUGAUCGUGGUGGACAUCCAGGGUGUGGGAGACCUCUACACAGACCCCCAGAUCCACACAGAGAAGGGAACCGACUUUGGAGAUGGAAACCUGGGUAUCCGUGGCAUGGCGCUGUUCUUCCACUCUCACCUGUGUAACAAGAUCUGCAAGAGCAUGGGCCUCACACCCUUUGACCUGGCCCCGGCAGAGAAGACCCAGCUGGACUUCACCAACAAGCUUCUGAAGACUGCCCAGACAGUGCUGAGGGGCUGUGAGGAGCCGUGUGGCUCCCCCCGUGUCCGCACCCUCUCCUGCGGCCAGGCCCCGCCCCUGCUGUCCCGCCUGUCGGAGACGUCCUCCAUGGACGAGGACGUGGACUCGGUGCCCUGCUCCCCCCUCCCCCUAUAUGGCUCUGUGGGGAGGUCUCCCAUGGGUUUGUUCUUCAUGAACGAGAUGAACGAUCAUCACAGCCCGGAACACAAGGACCCGGAAAACGGCGGAGACAGCGGCUGCCCCAGUGAGAGGAGGAGCGAAGGGGACCCCAACGACCACGUGGACGGGGCCCGCCCCCGCUAUGGCCGGCCCUUCUCAGAGUCCGACGAAGACAGUGUUAGACGGAGAAUGGUGCUAGCAGGAAGCAGAGUUUCUCCUAACUGUCCCUCUAAUCCAGACACGCCAGAUAAUAACUCGCUGACGGAGGAGAAGUGGAACUUCUACCACUCGGCCAGAGCUCACGUCCACCGCCCGUCCUGCGUUGCCGUGGAGAUGGAGAGACUCAACUCCCUUCUGCUGGACAAGAAGAUCGGCCAGUCCAUCCUGGGGAAGGUGCACCUAGCGAUGGUGCGCUACCACGAGGGGGGCCGCUUCUGCCAGAAGGAGGAGGCGUGGGACCAGAACUCUGCUAUGUACCACCUGGAGAGGGCUGCCAUGUGUGGGGAGCUGGAGGCCAUCGUGGCCCUGGGACAGUGCUACCUGCAGCUGCCUCACCACAUCCUGUCAGACAUCCAGCUGGAAGACACCCCGGGGAACCGCAAGAAGGGCUUCAUGUACCUGCUCCGGGCAGCCGAAGCUGGGGACAGGCAGUGCAUGAUCCUGGUGGGCCAGGCCUUCGACACGGGCACCAACCUCCCAUCAGAAAGGAGUCUGAGCUGGCGGGAGGCGGUGCACUGGUACGGCUGUGCCCUGAACAUGACCGACUACGACGAGGGGGGGGAGUACGACGGCAUGCAGGACAAGCCCCGCUACCUGCUGCUGGCCCGGGAGGCUGAGAUGUACCUGGAGGGGGGCCACGGCCUGGACCCUGACCCCCAGAGGGCAGGUGAACUGUUUACGGAGGCUGCAGAAGCAGCUAUGGAGGCCAUAAAGGGCCGACUGGCCAACCAGUACUACAUGAAGGCUGAGGAGGCAUGGUCUCUGAUUGAGGAGGGGGACUAGGAGAGAGGCCAACCUAACUCCUCUCAUGGCUCCGGUGGGUGGAGGCCCAUCUGAUGGCUACUGCUCCAGUCAGUUUAUAUUAUUAUUUAUAUAACAACAGAACAAAACUACGGCUGGAAAAAAUGGACAGCCAGGCCGAUGUUUGAAAUGCCUCAGUCCUGAAAUGUUUACAAUUUAUUAAAAAAAACUGUUGGUGUGAUUUCUGUGCUGGUGUGGCUGUGUGACCUCUUCCAGUGUGUUGUCAUGGUAAUGAGACUGUCCUGCUCUACAGCUGAACUCUGUAAGGACAGCUGCUCUGGUUCUUAUCCAUGUCAAACUGUGUUCCUGUGUCUUCCUCUUCCAUGCUGUGUCAGGGUUUUCCUAACUACUUUGUCCUGUUGCCCUGUAAAUAUCCGGUGGGGUGGGGGAGGGGCUGGACAAAAAAAACGUUUGAACUUUUAGUUGUACUUGUGUGGAUGGAAUAGAUACUUUGAUGUGGGGCUACAAAAGUGAAUAAAAUUAUAUUACUAUC